AUGGUAUUUGAGGCGACCUCUGUGACCUCAGCAGAGCGGUGGCCUGGAAACAGGAAGCAGCAGGAUACCAGAAACACCGCGGGGGUCCUCCUGCUGCAGCCGCUGAGGCGUGCGUCCACUGUGAGACGACGCCACGGGAAGAUGGCGACGUUAAAGAAGAACCUGCGGCUGUUCAACGGCUUCGCCUUUGAUGCCGACAGCGAGCAGUUUGCCAAAAAACGGGAAAAGCUUCUCAAGAACUCCAACUUCACCAACAGCAAGCUGAAGGCGGUCUGCGGCGUGCUGGACCUGGAGAAGAAAGGAACCCACUCGGACCUGGUGGAUCGAAUCCUGACCUUCCUCACUGCACCCAAGAACAGUGGCAAGCGGCUGCCAGUGAAGAAGAAGAGGAAAUCGAAGAAGAAGCUGUCGGGCGACGACUCGAUGGCGAAGAAGAAGAACAAAACCAAAACCGCCAGCUCGUCGUCCAGCCCCAAGAAGUCCAAAACAGGAAGCAAGUCCAAAGCCAUCGUCAUGGACUCGAGCAGCGACGAAGACGACGAUGAGGAAGACGAGAAGGCGGGAGCUUCGGCGGAGGCGGAAGGAUCGGACGCCGAGGAAAAACCGUCAGAGAAAGAGGAGGAGGAGGAGCAGUCUGACGAGUCCGAGGAGUCUGAGGAGGAGGAGGAGGUGGUGCCCAGGAAGAAGAAAGCCGCUGCAGCCAAACCUGCGGCCAAGACGAAGAAGGCGGACAGCAGCAGCCACCGCAGGAACAACACCAACACAGGAGCCAGACCGCACGCUCACGUCUUCAACCCGGCUGCAACGGCCACGCCAAAACCGCCAUGA